GCAUUUUGAUAUUCAAGGGGUUAGUUUGUCAUUUACUUUCUGAGCCCAGGAACAAAAUGAUGCAGAAGAGUUCUUCUUGUUUCUCCUCUGCUCAGACGUUUCGGUGGAGUUAUGAUGUUUUCUUAAGUUUUAGAGGUGAAGAUGUACGUAAAACUUUUGUUGACCAUCUCUACGUUGCUCUGCAGCAAAAGGGUAUUCAUACAUUCAAAGAUGAUGAAAAACUGGAGAGAGGCAAGUCCAUUUCACCUGAUCUUACGAGAGCAAUUGAAGAGUCGCGUAUAGCUUUGAUCAUCUUUUCCAAAAACUAUGCUAAUUCAACAUGGUGUUUAGAUGAACUAAUGAAGAUCAUGGAAUGCAACAAACAAAAAGGACAAAUUGUCCUUCCGGUCUUCUACGAUGUAGAUCCAUCAACAGUGAGGAAACAAAAGUCAAGCUUUGGAGAAGCAUUUAGCAGUCAUGAAGCCCGUGGUUGUUUCAAGUUGCAAAAAUGGAGGGCAGCAUUGGUGGAAGCUGCUAAUUUAUCUGGCUGGGAUUUGCCAAAUACUGCCAAUGCGUGUUAAUGAGAGAUUGGAAGUUUGGAGACAGACUCUUGAGUCUAAGGGUUUCAAGCUAAGCAGAACGAACACCGAAUAUCUUGAGUGUAAGUUCAACGCUGAGCCGGGGUAAGUGGACGUUGAUGUGAGGCUUGAGUCACAGGUUAUCCCAAGUAGAGGCAGCUUCAAGUACCUUUGUUCGGUUAUCCAUAGGGGAGGGGAGAUCGACGAGGAUG